AUGGAACUUACAGAAGAAACCCCAUUCCAAAGCAUGUACAGCGAAAAGCCGAUUAAGGCCGUUGUUGGGGGAGGCAAGACCAUUUUCUACAUCCAUCCCGGUGCCCUGCUUCAAGGCUCGUCUGCGUUGACCGCCAGAGUGACUGGGUCAUGGAAAACUGCCGGGCAAGAAACACUGGAUUGGUCCGAUUUCGAUGAAGAAACCAUGAAUUGCGUCUUGAAGUUUUGCUAUACUCGCGAAUACAAUGUCCCACAACAUUCGUGUUCAAGCAAGGGAGAAGCAGCACCAGAAAAAUCAGCAGUAUCACCUGCUGAAGAUAAUGCUAGGUCUGGCUCCCCUCCGAUGGGCCGAAACCACAAUGGGGAAGCUAUUGUGAUACAUGCAAAGGUCUACUCAUUUGCUCAUCGUUAUCUUGUGGGUAACCUACAAGACUACGCCCUUUUUCAAAUGAGAAUUUGUUUGAACGCCUUACUCGGAGAGCACACCAUUUCAUACUGCCCAAAUCAUAUCUACAUAAAAGACGCGAUUCAAAUCAUCUACGGCAGCACAAUCUCACGGGAGGAGAUUGGCAUGGAUCCUGCUCGCAGGGAGCUUUGCAACUUCGUUGCCACUUCCCCUGGGGACUUCCGCCUCCAUUUUGUCACGCCCCAGGAAGAGAAUGGGGAGUUUAUGGUUGACUUAGCUUUCCGGCUUUCGGGUCGGCUUGCUGACUUUGAGUAUUCCAACUCUGUCUUGGAAAAGAAAACAGGGACAAAAAGACGAAGAAAUCGCUGA